AUGGCACAAGAAACUCGCACCGAUGAUGGCAUGUACAUAAAACAAGAGACCUCUAGUGUGAUACAUAAUGUUUGUUUCGUUUGUGGAAAUUCUGGACACCCCGAGCAGUAUUGGUUACGUGUACGACCGCCAUCCACUGGACCAUCUGAUGGCACUCCACAUUUUCCAUUUUUGGAAAUGCAUGAACCUCCACAAGGUUAUAGACAACCAUUGAACGCCAAGCAGGAUAGUGCGAUAACAAGUUGUUACUUGUGUUAUUCACUGUUAAUCGGUCAAUGGGAUCGAUAUGAAAGAGAAAAUGUUCCAGCUAGGCAACGCGUCUACUGGUUAAAACGCUGUGAUAAUGGUCCAUUUACUGGCGCUGAUCUCUCUACACAAGGAGAAUAUGCAUGCCAACUAUUGGGGCUCAGUGUUGACUACACUAAUAGUCAUAAGGAUACAAUCAUGUCAUCUGCAAUGUCUCAAAUUACUGGAGAAGAUAGUCGAGGUGCUAGAAUACCACUUACAUCAAUUUCUACAUCAUCUGAUCACAUAGCACAAUUAAAUGGUUCAAAUCCAAUUAAUACAAAUACACCUCAUUCUAAUCCAGGAAGUUAUAGUAGUAGUAGUGGUACAGAUAUUUUAGAUCUAUCUAUGCCUGAUAAAAAUUCUUCUACUGAAGUUUGCUAUGUGUGUGGAGAAGAAUUCCGACGAGGUUCCUUAUCACAUGUGUCGGCUAAACCACCAGCUAAUGUUAAUCAAACUGAGCAACCGUUUUUUCCUAGCCUUAUGCUUCAUCCUAGACCUCCUCGUUCUAGGCCAAUGGAUAGUACAGGGCGUGUACAAACAUGUACUGCUUGUCAUGCUCACUUAUUAAACCAAUGGCAGGUCUAUACGUCAAAAGGCAUUCCACACGGUGAAAGGAAUUAUAUUUUACGUAAGCGAUUAAUUCCAUCUAUAGAUACAUCUACAUUUAUUUGUUUUACUUGUUCACUCGAAUACCCUUCGUCUUCUAUGAGGUCUUUAUAUUGUUAUCCAAAUAAUAAUCGUGAACCUUAUUAUCCGUCAUUGACGAAAAUAAAAACUCCACCUGGUGCACUUCCUAUAUCUUCUCAAGGCACUGUUCAAGUUUGUGCAGUUUGUUUUAAAUCUGUACCUCAAAAACACCAAGUUACUAUGUUAAUGGAUUUACCUGUUGUUCCAUCACCUUCUCCAUCUCUUCAAUCAAUUAAAUCACCAGAUAUUCGUUUUCGGCCUUAUGAUAUAACAAAACCAAAUAAAUCACAAACACCAACACCGUCUGAAGCACAUCGUAGUACUCAUGCAGUUAGUUCUGAUGUAUCUGGUAAUGGAGGACCAGUUCGUAUCAUGAGUGGUAAUAACUUUCGUUGUUAUGUAUGCUAUGAAAUGCAACAUCGUUCACAAUUAGAAUGGUUAUGUACAAAUGCAGAAGGAAUGAAUUCACAUGCUAUGCAUUUUCCUUGUCUUACACAAUUAUCAAGAUCAUCGGAAAAUUAUUGCGUUGAAUCCCAAGGUAGAGUAUUAGCCUGUUCUAAGUGUGUUCCACAGCUAUCUGCCCAAUGGAAUUCUAUGGAAGCCAACAGGGUCCCUUUAGAACAUAGGAGGUAUAACGUUCCUAGUUUGAAUGUUAAUGGUUUUAAUACUCAACAAAUAUCUAGUCGAAAUGACGUUUCGUCCAUUUAUUGUUUCUUAUGCAACCACCACUCAGACUUAACUUAUGCCAGAGUUUUAUACAGCCGUCCACAAGGUCGAAAUGCACCAUAUUUCCCAUAUCUUUUAAAACACGAAACUACACAAGGUGCAGAACAACUGCGUGAAGAUGGAUCUGCAUUAGUGUGUACAUUUUGUUAUCAUGCUUAUGUUGCCCAAUGGCGAGAUUAUGAAUCAAGUUCCGUACCUAUUCCACAGCAUGAAAGAAGUUAUAACCAUAAGGAAUAUGUAUGUUAUGUUUGUACACAGAGAGCUGGACGACGACAAAUUCGAUCACUUGCAGUUAAUGACUAUCCUUUUCUACGCUAUCAUCGUCAAAUUGACCAAGCAUUAUUAUUAGAAAAUGGAGAGUAUGCAGUUGUUUGUGUUGAAUGCUAUGAAACGAUACAUAUACAAGCUAUUGAAUAUGAACGAUUUGGUAUGCCAUUGGAUAAACAAAGUCUUCAAAAUACUAAUACAGUUAAAACGGUAAAGCAAGAAGACAAUUAUAGCCAACGAGUACCACAAAAUAUGACAGUUGAAAAAGCACAGGUUAAUCAUACUAAUAAAGUUCAACGAAAAAACGUUAAACAACAACAACAACAAACUGCUGUUGACAGUACAAAACGGUCAAUGUUAAAUUCUAAUCAAUACAACUCCAAAACAGAUGCAGGUUUAGUUAAACCUCAACCAACAAGUUCAGGUUCAAAACGUACUUUAAUGCCAAAUCUUAUUGGACAAGCUCCACCGCCACCAUCUCCUGGUGGUAGAUCUUUUGCUGCGGCUCUUAGAAAUUUAGCUAAACAAGCCGGACCCCCUUCUACUCAUUCCAAUGAUAAAGAAGGAAUUGAGUCGCAAGAUAAACACCAACAAGAAUCUUUGAAAGGACGAAUCGCACUACCAGGCUGUAAUAAAACACAACCAGAUAAUGAAUCAAAAUCAACUGGUCUAAAUACUGAGCCUCGUAGUGGUUUUCAACCUUAUAAGCCUGAUGAACAAAGAACUAUGGUGCCUACAUCAGCAUCUGCUCCUCCUCCUCAUUUUGCCGUUGACCCUGCCUCAUACUCACCUUACCAUCCUGCAAAUCUUUAUUCCCCACAUUUUCAACAUGCUUUUCGGAUUGAAGAACAAAUGUACCUUGAAAGAUGUGGAGUACCUUUGUUUCCUACUAAUCCAUAUCAUCCUCAUAAUAGUCCUCAUCCUUCAGCUCUAUAUGGACUUCAUCAUUUACAGUCACCGUUAGUCAUGUCCCCAAAUAUCGUAGAUAGAAUGAAAAUGGAAGAAGACAGGCUACAAAGAGAUAGAGAUAUGCAAGAGCGAGAAAAAAGAGACAAGGCAAAGCAACAACAGCGAGUUAAAAAUGUUCAUACUAUGGCAGCUGACCUUUCAGGAAGGCGUCAUUAA